UUGGUGAGCGCGGGGAGGACAGAAGCAGGCUACAGCGCAGCGGAGAAACGCUCGUGUUAUAUUUAUAUCAACGUUACCAGGAGAAUCUUAUAUUUUAACAAAAAUGGCAGACGAAAAGCCUAAGGAAGGUGUGAAGACUGAAAAUGACCAUAUCAACUUAAAAGUGGCAGGGCAAGAUGGCUCUGUGGUCCAGUUUAAAAUCAAAAGGCACACCCCCCUCAGCAAACUGAUGAAGGCCUACUGUGAAAGACAGGGUUUGUCUAUGAGGCAGAUAAGAUUCAGGUUUGAUGGCCAGCCAAUCAAUGAGACUGAUACACCUGCACAGCUGGAAAUGGAAGAUGAAGACACUAUUGAUGUAUUCCAACAGCAGACAGGAGGAAUCUGUUAAAGAUUGUGUUCAUGUGGAUAAGGCUUGUUCUCUUCAUAUCAGUUCCACUGCAGUUCAGGGAUGAAAUUUAAAAGGUUUUGGAAAUUUAUUUAAUUUAGUUUUUUCUUUCUCUAUUAAAUCACCCAAGGACCCCUGUUUUCCCCUGAACUAAAUUGGAAAUGACCGUUUGUAUUUUUCCUUUUGAUGUUUAUUGUAUGCCUGUUUUAUAUUUUUUUGUAUUAUAUAUGUCUGUACCUCCCCAGCUAUUUUUAUACCAGGAGGAAAGUUUUGAGAAAGAGGGGAUGUUUGUGACUACUUGAUGUGUUUCUGCAAAUUUUCAUUGAACAAUUCCAGUAAGCACAGCUUAAAGAAUUAUUUUAAUAGACAAUUUCUCAGCAUUGUGUUAGUCAUGCACCUCAGGUUUGAUGAAGCUAUAUUGUGGAUCUUGUCUUGUGGAUGUUAUUUUUAAUUAUAACAUUUCUGAACUAAUCUUAAGUCUUCAGUUAUUUGCUUCAAAGGAUAAAUCUCAGUACAUUUAUAUAUACUGUAAAUGUAAGCAUUCCCCUUUAUUUUAUCGAUGGCGGUUUUGCCAAAACUUACAUUUAAUUCUCAUUUAACUGUUCAAUCUUGGUGUCAUCUUGAUGCAGGUCAACGCAUGCCAAACCAGACUGUACAUCCUGUGUUGGUAUUGGGGAAUGGAGAACAUACUCUUCUCCCCUCACAAUCUUUUUGAGUUGUACAUUGUUUGCCCUUUACUACUGUAUAUAAUAAAUGUAGUUUGAUACUC